AUCAGACGAAUGAUCCUGUCGCAUUGCAUUUGUAAGCAGGGAGUUGAGACUGUUCGAUGUCUGUGUUUCAGUUUAAUUUAAGAUAAGAAUCAACGGAUAUCUGUUAGUGUUACCGAACCAGAAGCUACUUUCGAAAUUUAAUUCGAACAAGACUUAAAAACUCCUUGAAACUGCUGAAGUCUUCUGUGUACUUCACUUUGCUUUCAUCACACAAUGGGAAAACCUAAGUGUUUCUGUGGUUACCUUCUCCUCCUCAUUGAGACAAUAAACAGCUUUUGUCUUCUACGCUGUGUGGAAUUAGACACUUAAGAUUUGACAUGGGCUUGACAUAGCAGAUUUGAAGAAAGUGGAGUGUGUGUGUGUGACAUUUUCUUUGGCUUAAACCAUUAUAAAAUACAUGAAUUUAUCCCUUUUGGGGUUUCAUAAUUUCCAGUACUGGCAGUGAUAUAGAGACAUUGUUCAAGAUGACAGUUACUUACUCAUUGAAUGUAUCCAAAGCUCGGCUUUUGGGUUUUGCUAAACUUUUACUGAGAUGGAGAGGCAGCAUUUAUAAACUGUUGUACAGAGAGAUGAUAAUUUUUUGUGGUUUGUACUACAGUCUUAGUGCACUUUACCGCUAUAUUUUAACAGAAAAUCAGAGAACUGUAUUUGAGAAGUUGGCUUUCUAUUGUGAAGCCUUCACUAAUCUUAUUCCACUGUCUUUCGUGCUGGGUUUCUAUGUGUCUAUUGUUGUUUCUCGUUGGUGGCAGCAAUUCAUGUCUCUUCCAUGGCCAGAUAAGCCUUGUAUGCUUAUAUCAGCAUAUGUUCAUGGUAGGGAUGAAAGAGGCCGCAUGAUACGUCGAACACUUGCUCGUUAUUUAAGUCUGCUUUCUGUGUUGACAUUUCAAGGUGUAAGCACUGCUGUGAAAAAACGUUUCCCUACUUUGGACCACUUAGAGGAAGCAGGCUUGAUGACCAAAGAGGAGCGUACGGUGUAUGAUGAAAUUCCAGUUGUCCAUGGAAAAUGGUGGAUCCCAGCCCAGUGGUUCACAGCUCUGGCCAUGCGUGCUAGGAAGGAAGGCCGAAUAAAAGAUGAUAUCCUUCUGAGUAAUCUAAUGAAUGAAAUGCAUACAUUUCGUGGGAAUUGUGGAAUGCUAUUCAGUUAUGAUUGGAUUAGUAUCCCUCUUGUCUAUACACAGGUUGUGACUUUAGCUAUUUACACAUACUUCAUUGCAUCUGUUAUGGGGAGACAGUAUUUGGAUCCUGACAAAAGAUAUCCUGGAUAUGAAGUAGAUCUUUAUAUUCCCAUAUUCACAAUUCUGCAAUUUUUUUUCUACAUGGGAUGGUUAAAGGUAGCAGAACAGUUAAUUAAUCCUUUUGGGGAAGACGAUGAUGACUUUGAAUUGAAUUGGUGUUUGGACAGAAACCUUGUGAUAUCAUUCUUGAUAGUAGAUGAGAUGUGUCAAAGACAUCCUCGCCUCAUCAAGGAUCAGUACUGGGAUGAACUGGAGCCUCAGCUUCCAUACACAAAAUCAUCAUUUGCUCUUCGCACUCAACCUCACUUAGGCUCUGCUGUCAACUUAGACAUUAAUCCAGAAGAAGCUGAAUUUGUUCCUAUGGAAACCAUCUUAGAAGAAGAUGGUGGACAAGGAAACAUCUACAAUAGUCCCCCAGUCAGUCCCAGCACAGAGUUGCUUUAUCCAGGUUUUCCUCAACCUGAGAAGCCAACCACUCCAAACAUUGAUGAAACGGGAUCUCAGUCAGGCAUGAAAGUCUUCCCAGAUUUUCCUGGAAGCAGGAUUUUAAAUAUGUUGAUUGGUCACAGCAGUUCUGAGAAUGUUGCACAAACCCCUAAAAAAGAAGGAAAUUUCAUGCCCACCUUCACACUGAAAACACCAUGUCGAAAAUUGCGUUCUAGUUCCAUGAAUGAUAAUUUAAAGAAUCAUCAGAAUGAGGUAAAUUGUGAUCAGCAGUUAGGUGUAGGACAGCAAAAGUCCCAUGGGGAUUCAAAAUGGGAUGUUGUAGGGACAACUGAGGAAAGAGCUUCACUCAUUAUAGAUAUUCCUGCUGAAACAAAUCCUCCAGAUGGCCCUACUACUUUCUCUGAAUAUUUAUUCACAAAGGUGGAAGGCAUUGAACCAAUCAAAACUGAAGAGAACACUGUAGAUGAAGAGAAGAAGACGGCUGUACUUGAAGGACAAAAUGAUCUGUCUAAGGAUACAAUUGUAGAUGUUGGCUCUGAUCCUGAUACUCCAACAGAAGUACGAUCACCAUACGAACCAUUAUCUUCAAGAGAGAGUCUUGCUGCUUAUGUCGAGAGUAACCAAAGCACCAUCAGUAGUUACACUCAACUGUUAGGGAAACAGUAAUUAUUUCUUUCUCAUAUGAUUGCCUGAAGUGAUGAUUUGAGAAACAUGUUCAUAUAUUUGUGUUUUCCUAUGAUGUUCAUAUACAAGCUAUAUUAUUUAAAUCUUGUUGCUAAAAUACUAAUUAUAAAUUAUUAGCAACUAACUCUGGCUAUUUGGUGUCAGUUAGAUAGUAUUCCUUGUCUGAAAGUAAUAACAGAGCAAGCUGUUUUAGUUGAGAUUGAUAUAGAGCAUUAUCAUUUUGGUAACUGUAGAAGCUAGUUACUUUCUUGGUAACGUAUGAAAUUAAUAUCUUUGUAA